GGGGCUGAGCGCGGUCACCGCUGCCGCCGCUGCGAGAGGUGACGGGCCGUCACGCGGCCCUCUGUCGCCACGCACGCCGCCGUCGGACUGCGAACGCGCGGCUAUCGCCAGCAUCUUCGGCGACGAAUAAGGUUUGAGCACCCGGGACACUCCCUCGGAGAUCGGAGGUCGCUGAGACUGCCCCCAGCCGGCGAUCGCGGCUGAAGAUGGAGACCGAAGUCAAUAUUACGAAAGCGCUGAACGUGAGCGACCCGGGCAUGCGGGAGGCACUCAUCACGGCCAUGAAGAGUGGCCAUGUGCCCCCGGUCCAGUGGCGGAUCGACGCCAUCAAGGAGCGGUACGAGCAGUGCUUGGACCAGCCCGAACUACCGCCCGGGGAUGCAGGUCAGCUGUACUGUCCCCGGAUCUUCGACGGCUGGAGCUGCUGGAACUACACCAAGCCUGGCGAAGUCAGUCACGUCAGCUGCCCCUACUUCGUCAUCGGCAUGGACCACAGACGCCAGGCGAUCCGGUCGUGCCUUCCGAGCGGCCAGUGGUUCCGACACCCCCAGCAGCCGGAGUCCGCCGGCUGGUCCAACUACACCACCUGCGUCGACCUCAGCGACCUGCACUUGAGAAAUAUCGUCAACAUGGUGUACCUGUGCGGCUAUUCGAUUUCUCUCGCCGCAAUCCUGAUAUCACUGGUCAUCUUUAUGUGUUUCCGAUCUGCUCUGAACUCGACACGGGUUCGGAUCCACACGAACCUUUUCAUCUCGUUCAUGAUCAACAACUUCAUGUGGAUCAUUUGGUACGAGUUCAUCGUAGACGACGUGCGACUCCUGGACGAAAAUCCGGCCUGGUGUCGAGCCAUCCACAUAAUUGUGCAAUACUUCAUGGUGGCGAACUACUUCUGGAUGUUCUGCGAAGGACUGUACCUGCACACGCUGCUGGCCGUGGCGUUCGUGACGGAGGGCAAGCUGAUGAAGUGGCUAUACUUGGUCGGCUGGGUGGUGCCGGCCAUCUUCAUCUCCAUCUACGGCGUCGUGCGCGGCAUGUACCCAAAGGAGACCAAAUGGUGCUGGAUGGAGGAGUCUGUGUACCGCUGGCUGCUGUCGGCACCCGUCUGUACCUCCAUGGUGACCAACUUCAUCUUCCUCGUGCGCAUCGUCUGGAUCCUGGUGCGGAAACUGCGCGCCGCUCCAGGCAACGAAGAGCACAACAACUCGUGGCGCGCGGUGCGUGCCACCCUGAUUCUGAUCCCGCUGCUGGGGCUCAACUACAUGUUGGCGCCGUUCCAGCCGAACGCGGGCUCGCCCGGCGAGAACGUCUACCAGAUCCUCAGCGCCGUCACCACGUCGGUCCAGGGAUUCUGCGUGGCCCUCCUGUUUUGCUUCAUUAACGGAGAGGUGCUGCAGCAGUUCAAAAAGAAGUGGCAGCAGACGCGCAGCAUGAAGCGGAAGCCGUCGCACAACUCGUACGCCUUCACCACCAUGAGUACGCUGCAGACGACCGAGGCGUCCCUGACCUCUGAGUUUGACCCGGAGAAAGUGCAGACGGAACGGUGGUGAAUGUUCGACUGCGCCACUGCUCCUUCACCGUAUCACUGCAUCUCUAGCUUCUGCAGACGCGGCACGUCUUCGGCGUGGCUGUGGGAGCUGCGCGGUCCAGCGGAGGUCACAGACGGCUCGGCGCGCCCCUCGGCAAGGUCGAACAGAGGUCACGGCCGUGACGGCGGGGCUGAGCAGCGGUCACGAGGGAGCAGUGCAGACUCUGGCGUGGGUGGACCGGGGAUCGCAGACCAGCAGCGCAGUGCACGGCCGGGUCAAGGCGACAAGACAGUGACGUCGCUCCGGUCAAGAUCAGACCGAGGUCACGGAUGUCAGAAUUCGAAGACGAGCGCGAUUUCUCAGGGACGAGGUGGUCGGCGAGGCAGUCGCAAGGGCGGUGACCCGGAACCGGGAGCCGAGCGGCCAUGCCGACCUUCAUCAGUGUUUUCGCGUUCGCCGUCGGGACCUGGCUUCGCGGCUGACGUCGUGCUAUGCCCAGCGGACAGCCUCCCUAGUGAUGUGCCAUGCCCAGCGGACAGCCUCCCUGGUGUGGUGCCAUGCCCAACGGACAGCCUCCCUAGUGACGUGCCAUGCCCAGCGGACAGCCUCCCUGGUGUGGUGCCAUGCCCAACGGACAGCCUCCCUGGUGACGUGCCAUGCCCAGUGGACAGCCUCCCUAGUAUCAUGCUCCGGCAACAGCCUCCCUGGUAUCGUGCUCCGGCGGACAGCCUCCCUGGUAUCGUGCUCCGGCGGACAGCCUCCCUGGUAUCGUGCUCCGGUGGACAGCCUCCCUGGUAUCGUGCUCCGGUGGACAGCCUCCCUGGUAUCGCGCUCCGGCGGACCGCGCCUCAGCAGCGUCCUCUGUGCGUCGGCGUGCGUCGGUGUUUACGUGUGUCGAGACGUGACGUGCUGCCCUGUUUCGUACCUGUUUACCUGUUGCGAUCGGUGUAUCUGUGGGCUUUGUGUCGCACGCGCCCGGAGCUCGGUGUGCCCAGCGCCGCGCUGCCUCGCGCGGCUUG